AUGAAUAGUAUUAUAUGUAGAUCUAAUACAUAUACUGCUAUAUUGCGUCGUUGUAUGCUACCGAUGACAACGACGACACAGUCAUUUUUGGUAUCAGCAACAUCGAAACAACAGUCGACAAGUGGUGAAUUCAAGAUCAUAAACAACAACAACAACAAAUAUACAGAUUAUAAUCAAUCAUCAUUGGUCAUUAGUAAAAGAUGGUAUUCUUUAUCAAAUAACAAUAACAGAAACAGUUAUGUAGAUAGCAAUAAUAAUAAUAAUAGAAACAAUCAACAACAAGAGGAAGAUGAAAAAGAAGAAGAGAUAUCAAUGGAUGAAUACAUUAGCAAUUUAAAAGAGAUUAAUAAUAUAACAAAUGAAUCAAAUGAACACAAUGAAUUACUAUCAUAUAAUCGUAAUCAAUUGACUGCACAUAUUGAAUUCUACUUUUUCAAAGAUGAAAGAUUUAAUCGAUCAUUAUUAAAGAAAGCAUUGAUGGAAGAUCCAAAAUAUAGUGAUGCAUAUUUACAAUAUAAUAUAUGUCAAGUGUUACAAGAUCUAAGGUAUCCAUCACCAGAUAUUAUAAAGCUUGUAAUGACCAAUCUAAGAAAGGAAGGAAGAAAGAUGGUGGUGGCAUUGUUUAUUUGGAUGUACAACAAUAUUAGAGACGAGAUGGAUAUUGGUCACUACGACAUUGUGGCUGGUUAUUAUAAUGACACUAAAAACUAUACAAUGGCUGCCAGAGAGUUGGCCAAUGUCGUGCAUCAAAAGGGUGUCAAACACAGCGACCAAAGUUAUAUCGAGAUGUUGCGAUCUUGUUAUGGCGACGAACAGCGGUUGGAUGAGGUCAUGGCAACCAUUGUAGAGAGACGACAUGAUGGCAAACCAACCAAAGCACAACAAGUUCAAUACAUUGAAAUGUUGUUUAAAAGCAAGACGGUCAAUUUCGACAAGAUUGCAAUAGAGUUUAGAAAGGUGGCCGAUGCCAAACAGGUUGAUGAGGCAUUGAUCCAAACCGCGUUGAUUGGGUGGCUCAAACUCAGUCAGAUAGACAAUUUCAACCAUGUCUGGGACUUUGCCAUUGAGAAGAAAAUCCCAAUCAACAACACUACGAUCGGUGUUGCUGUUGGACACUUUCAACGUAUCUUUGGUAUCGAUCAUGCAUCUCUGUUUUAUUUGCGUGUGCAGGAUAGUAGUCAGGAGGUGGCGGAUAGCGAGCCCGUGUUUUUGGGUAUGGUCAGAGCCAUCAUGGAGCACGGUCACAUGAUCAGACUGACCGAUCUCGUCAACGGGCUGCAAAGACGUGGUCGGUUGACACUCGACAUUAUUAGCAAGAUUAUAAAGUCGUGUGCACUCAACGCACCCAAACGUCUCGGUCAGUGUCUUGUACUCAUGUACGCACGUGCCAAAGACAUCUCACCCAUCAAGGGUGUCCCGACACUCGAGACACUAUCAGCCUGUAUGAACGCAUCGAUAUCACAAAACAGUCUACUCUACCUACGUAUCUAUCUACGUGAAAUGUACACCUAUGAAAUUGUACCAGAUGCCGAAUUAUCACGUACCAUUCUUCGUUACCUUUUGGUGUUGGGUGACGUAUCCUUCCGCGACCUCGAAGAGUAUAUUCAAUACACUGGUUCCAAGUUGCCAAACCCCGACCCCUAUUUCCUGGCAUCUUGUAUCAUAUUCUGCGAUUUGAAUCCCGAGAAUGCUCAACUUCAACAACGUCGUACAUCGUAUUUUUCAAUCAUCGAUUCCUCUACACUAGACUAUAAAAAGAAUUCAUACAACUUUUUAAUUGGAACCUAUGUAUUGAUGGGAGAGAUUGACAAGGCCAUCUAUUACUUUGGUUUCUAUCAUCAAAUGAACUUUACCUCACAAACCAUGAAAUACUCUAUUUUGGCUCAUUAUGCUCUUAUUCACGACGUAGAAAACCAAACUAAAUGGGGUUCAUUGAUUGGGCAAGCAAAUUAUAAUCAAGAGGUUUUCGAUCGGUUCUAUGUCUAUCAUAAAUUUAAUAGACGUACCAAAUUACAAAAAUCUUUAAAAUUAACUCCCCCUCAACCAGAACAAACAACAAAACAACGUCAAUAUCAAAAUAACAAAUUUAAUCAAAAUAAUCAAAAUAAUAAUAAUAAUAAGUAUAAUAAAAAAUAA